AGAGUCGAGUCCAGACAGCCUACGAAAGACGACAUAGCCACAACACACGCCGGGACAUGUCAAGAUGCCGCUCGCAGCGCUUCGCACCGUAGCAAAGCCUCAGAACGGCGUGGGAGCCUUCAUCCUGCAGUGCAAACGCCUCGACUUCCACUAUUGCGACUGGGCCGGCAGCAGUCGAGGUUUGAACGCCUUUCUCAAGUCGCGCCUCGCCGCCUUCGCCGCCGCCAACCCGUCCAUCGAGAUCACCGUCUCGCCUCGGCCAGGCCGUCAUCCCGUCAUCACUGGCACCUACAUCAAUGGCCGCACGAAGCCCGUCUGCGUGCGGAACCUCGACACCAACGAGAUCAUGCAGAAAGUACUGCUAUUGCGGAACGCCAAUGGCGAGAAACUGAGACGCGUGACCAAGCCCGUAAAGAGUCUGAACGAGAGUGUGAGAGGCGUCUGGAGUCCUUACCAUGUGGCUGAGCCGUACAAGAUAUGAGAGCAAUAAUCGAAGGCUGCUUUACAACUUUCCUCAGCCUGUGCGCCUGUCACGAUCACAGUCGCUGCCAACACCGCGCCUCACCAACUGAAGCCUCGGCACAUUCGACCCACUUUAUUACUCGAAGGCUGUGCGCGACUCUGGUGCCGGUAUAUUCGCCGGCCAAGCCUCGUGUCGAUGGGACGCCGUUACCCGCGUGUGCUCAUAGGGCUGAUGGCCACCACAUGGCCUGGAAGACCGCGCCUACGUAGGCUGCUGUAGCGAUGGGAAAUAAGUGUCCGCGGCUCAUUGCCGGUGGCGAGGGGUAGGGCAUCCCGGGGAUCUAUAGAUUAUUGCAGACGCUGAGUACCUGUAGACUCGAAUCAUGGGUCAUGUGUUAUAGAUAAGUGAUACCAGCCCGACGUUUCACUUUUGUGGCGGCCCGACUCGGGGGGGCAGCCCAAACCGGGAAACGUGACAAAAAUGGCUUGCUGUAAAAAUGUCCGAUGUGGAUUCAGCACAGU